GCAGGCGUGAUGAGUGUGAUCGAGAGGAAAGAGAUCAGAAAAAUUCCUCUAAGUUCAUCUUUGUAGCUGCGGAAAACUGUCAUUUGUGGAGGUAUCAUCAUGUCGACUUCACCUUACCAUAUAGCGUCUCUUUUGGACAAGGUAAUGUGCAUUUGAGUUAUUUCACUUUCUUUGGCGAUGGCAAACUUUUCAUUUUAGUUUGUGUACGUGUGGGUGCAGGUUACAAUGAUCCAUGAUCCGAUCCCACCGCUGAUAACUGACAGUGCAGUUCUUCAAUCGAUUAUUUAUGCCACUUUGUUCCAUCAAAAAGGUGUGAGCUUUUUGGUGAGGACGGUUUCAUUUCGACUUAUUGUAAAAUAGGCACUAGAAGGGAUUGAAUUCGUUUACUUGUGAUCUCGAAAACAAAAAGAGAAAUGUCAAACAGAUUGCAGAAUAAUUGUAUCCGCUCAGCUUCGAUCAGUGAUCGCGCAUGUAUGAAAAAGCCCACUUAACGGCAGCUCGGAGUUAGUAGAUUGUUAUUUUCUGUCGGUUACCUUUCCUCUUACGCUGAAACUGGGUAGAUAUGGGCUCGCAACUGCGAAAGACGUCGUUUACAUCUUGCGCCUCUCUAUUCAUGACAGCCUGACUGUAGUCUCCUCUAUGGCUGCCUCUUGCUACUCAGAUGUACUCAAAACGAUCGGUGAAAAAGUAAAUGCAGAUAAAUCUGUGUUGAGUGAAUGGGUAUUCCAAUAUGUAGUGAAGAUAAUAUGUUCCAUGUAAAUUUACCAGCCAUGUCCAGUAGACUUCCUUGUACUCAACUGUCAGUGAUGAUCAGUUCUCAUAUUCUCCACACUGAUUUGAUAUAAUGUAGUGAAAAGGGAGAAGGCUAUCUCCAAAUUUCCGACUUAACAUUGCAGGGUUAAUUUACAAACAACAGUGUAGUCAUCAGUUACAGAGCUUUGAAGUUGAUUUAAUCCUUUAACUCUCGCUAAUGACUAAGACUGUAUCUAUACAAUAUCAUGGAGACAAGUGAUGUGAAUAAAGAAAAAUAUCAAGGAUGAGAUUACUAAUUGAUCUGGUACCGAAUUAUCCAAACCAAUGUAAUGAGAAUCAUUUGGCAGACUGUAAGGAGAAUUGGGAGGUAGAGGAUUAUAGGGAACAGAGUGAAAUUUCAACCACAUAGCCUUCAAUUGUAAUGCAGUAGGCAUCACCUUCCUGGAGAGAGAGAGAGGAGGGGAGGGUAUGGGGGCAUACUCCCCAUUACUCUGUGCGAGAAUAUCCUCUGUUGGAUGGUGUUUGAAGCAAAUAAAAAGGGAACAAGGAGUAAAUGAUGUUUAGAAGGAUAAUUGAAUUAAUACGUAGUAACCAGUAACAAUAACAUCAUUUUGCUAUCUCAAAAUCAACAAUUUAGAUGAAAGAAGUUUAAAUGCAUGAAAAAUAAUAGUUUCAGUGUAGGAGCAUAAAAUUGAAUUUGUCUGCUCUGUAGUAGAUAAAAUUAGCUUUUGGGUGUGAGAAGGUAAAAUGGUAAUGCUGCCAAAAAAAACAGGAUUUUGUUACAGCUGUGUUGCUCUGUUUCUUUGUUUGUUUCUUUUUAAGAACAUCUGUUGCAAGUGCUUUAAGUUUUUUCCUUUCUUUUUGUGGAGUACCUAUGUGUCAGCUGUAGACACUUACAGUGAAACAAUCUAUGAACAGUCCUGACAUAGCCUUCCCAUUUUUUUUUCAUAAGAAAAUUUUAUCUGUAUUUUAAAUUUGCUCUGUGAAAGAUAUAUAAAUUAAUUUAAAUAGUGUUCAAAUAAUGCUUUCCUUUUUGCAAAGUAUUUUCACAUGUUCUCUCAUCACUACAGUUCUCAAAGCCCAGGGCUAAAAAUUAACUCCAGUGCUCGGUGGCCAGUCGGACCAGUUUCCUUGAAUUCUUAGUGGCCCAUCCCAAAAUGAAGUAGCCCUCGAUUUCCUCUGGUUUAAAAUGAAAAACUUGAAUAAAUGCCCCAUGGCUUUUAACAAAGCAUUAACUAAAAGGAAAGAAAAAGCUCGUGAAAUCACUGUUAAAACAGCUCAGAAUUUCCACUUCAGAACUAAAUAAUUCGUUAAAAUGGAUGAUCUUAGAGUCCUGGCAACAAAAUGAAGAGAAGGGUUAUCCAAUUAAACUACAUAUUGAGUUUUAUUUUUAACUUUGUACUUUGCAUAAUUUACAUUGCAACUUUUCAAAAUUUUGUAGCAUAGUCGCACAUCGGGCAUUCAAACCUUAACUUUUGGUGGCCCUGGUCAGUUUGAACUCGGCACUGGUGACUUUGCGACCGCCAAUUUUUAGCCCCAAAAGCCCAUAGUAUCUGAGAAAAGAAUACAGUCAUGUGUGUUUUAUAGAGCCUGGAGGGCAGUUUUAGUCUGAAGACAAACAAACCUAAAUUUUAAACUCUGAAGUCUCCCAACUAGUAAUUAAUUUUAUUUCCCUACACAAUUAGCAUCAUGUCUUUUGCGCGUUUGCUUGUAUUAAUUGUCAUUCUUUGGCUUGUGUUUAGAUGACAUCAAGUGACAAAGACUUCAGAUUUAUGGCAACAAAUGACUUGAUGGCUGAACUCCAGAAAGAUUCUAUAAAACUGGAUGACGACAGUGAAAGAAAGGUCAGUUAUGCGUGCAUGUACUCAGCCAAAACUUAUAUUUCCUGGGGCUCCAAGCACACCUUGUUUCAAAGUACUUCUCUUUUCUUUUCUCUUUUGUUUGUUUGUUUUUUGCGAUGUCAACCUUUACAUACCUGUAAGCAGUUGUAACCUUUUUUUUCGGAUCAUUUCAGGUUGUUCAGAUGCUUUUGAAAUUGCUCGAAGAUAAGAAUGGUGAAGUACAGAACCUUGCUGUUAAAUGGUGACUAUGUCAUUUUCUUGGCAUCUUUUGGUUGACAUGAUCUGAUACUCUAAAUAUUACAGAAAAUUAAUAUUUUGUAUUCAAUCAUGAAACCUCUGGACCUGGUCCAGAAUUACAAUUCACAGUCAAAACAGUCCAAAUGCACCUCUUGCUCAAAGAGUAACUAAAUUCAGAGAAAUUUACAUGAACGCCUUCAUCUCCCUAAAUCCAAUUGAAAUUUGAUGUGUUUUUGCAUGGAAUAUUCAACAGAAUUUGUGUUAUACAAUCAUUUGACUGAGCUUCUAUUCAGGGUUUUCAGCAAGAAGUGGUGGCUGGGAAAAUUCACCAGCUGGAUGUUCAGUAUCUGGCAUGUUUGGCAAACACUCCCUUCCUAACUCUUUAAAUCCCAGAUCAAAUUUGUAAUUCUCCUUACUGUCUACCAUACAAUUCUUACAAUAUUAGUUCAGCUAAUUUAGUAUUGGAUCAACUAAUUAUCCCCCAAUUGAUAUUUUUCUUUAUUCUCAUCAUUUGUCUGUUUGAUAUUGUAUUGAUAUUGUAAGGAGAAAUUCUGUCUUGGUCACUCAUGGGAGUUAAAGGGUUAACUUACUCCUGAAUCUUUGUUGCCUAUUUGGAUUCUUACUGAAAAUUCUGCUCUUUUGAUAACAUGUCUUAUGGUAUGGUGUAUGUAUAUGUAUAUGUAUCCAUACUUCUUAUCUUUCUUUUAAUCCCAUUUUGCUUUCUCUCUCCUUCCUGUCAUCUUUCCCAUCUAUAAACUUCUCCUCUGUCUCCCUCUUGUUUCAGUUUCUUUUCCCCUGUAAUCUUCCUUUCGUCUUCACCCUAGAGUCAGUGUACAUGUACAUAUUUUCCAUACUGUUCUCUAUGCAUUUCCAUGUAACUGUCAGUAAAAAAAAUUAAUGUGUUGUAUUGUUGUUAUUUUUACCAUCUCUAGCCUUGGCCCUCUGGUUAGUAAAGUCAAGGAACAUCAUGUGGAGACCAUAGUUGAUUCACUCUGCUCAAACAUGCUGUCAGACAAUGAGCAACUGAGAGACAUUUCAAGUAUUGGUAAGCAGUUAAGAAUCAGCAGACUUUGUGAAUGCAUAUUUACACAGAGGACAUGUCUUUUGUGCAAGAUAACACCUUUGGACUAGGAAAAAGUUUAGUCUUAUGAGAAGUUAAAUCAUCAGUGAUGAACAAGUGUAGGAAUAGAACUUGAAGGCUUGGUAGCAUGACAGUGAGUUACAGUUAUCCUCACCAAGUUGCACUGAGGUGCCACAAAACAAUGAGCUGGAAAAGAAGGUGCACAGGGGAUUGAAUUUAUCUGAGCUUGACGCUGGGCACUGAAAUGUCUACUGUGUUUAAAAAGGAAAUAUUAACCAAUUGAUAUAAUGAAUUCAACAACUGACUGUAUAAAAACAUACAUUCUGUACAGUAUUUGAAAUGAUCUGAUGUCUGCAAGAAAGCUCUACUUUUAAACAUUUCUUACUGUCCAUAUUCAAUACUGUAUAUCAAGCUUUGCUGAAAAGGUUUUCCUUUUGAGGGAAAUUUCCCAUACAGAUGCAAAGGAUAGAUGUACAUGUAUGUUGUACUUGUCAUUGUAGGUUUGAAAACAGUUAUUGGUGAAUUACCCCCUGCUUCAUCUUCACUGGCAGCCAACAUCUGCCGAAGAAUAACUGGUAGACUCACAAAUGCUAUUUCCAAGGUAACUGUUUUAAGAAAUGCAGGCAGCAUCUCCUUGCAAUGGAUAUUAACAGAAAAAUUACUCUUGUAUUCAUGUUAUAACAUUAUAAAAUGUGACUACGGUACACUUUUGUACAGUACAUUGAAAACAGAACAACACCUGUAUGUGGUGUUUCUCAUGCAUCUCAGUUAUGAGUAAUUGGGCUUAGUGUCUUUUUUUUUUUUUUUUUUUUGGAGAUAGCUAACUCAACAAGGUUUUACAUCUUGAACAAAUAUUUUGGUUUUAUGGAUUUCCUGUUAGUGGAAAGUUGACUGUGUAUAGAUUGGUCCAGAAUUUUUUUACCAAAGAAAAAUUUUAUAUAAACAAUUUUACACUGUCAGCAUGGAAACACCUCCUCAGUGGAAAUUCUUGAUUUGAAUGUGUCAUGUGAUUCCAUACCAAUUAGGUUAAAAAAUAAUUUGAUGCAAUUUAGAUUUUUUUGUGUUUUACUAUUUGGCAAAAUGUGCAACCCCUCCAUUCAUGUAAGCCUUUUUACAGCUGUAUGUACUGCACUAUAUAGUUGUGUUAUUUUUUUUUUUUGUCAGAGCACUGAUGUUUCUGUCCAGCUUGAGGCCUUGGAUAUUCUUGGUGAUCUUUUGAGCAGGUUUGGAGGUGAGUGAAACAAUCUUUCCUAAAUGUUAAAGUUGUAUUAUACAGCAUCAGCUAAACUAACACAGUGAUGCAAAGGGCUGAGGCUUGCAAGGUCAGCCUUAAAAAUUGUUCACCAUGGCCAAUUUACAGUAUCAACUCAGUCGAUAACCCCCCCCCCCCCAAAAAAAAUAUCUUGCAACACCCCCCUUCCUUAUCACAGCAGCACAGUUUCAUCAUGAACUUACCCCCCUCUUAAUCCUUUCCCUGCUCAUGCCCACUCACACAUUGUAGUCAGUGAAACUGUAGACAUGAUUAGUAGUCACUCCUAGAUGCAAACCAGUUAAUCCCUGAGAGGGACUAGCAUCUAAAUUUUCCGUUUUAAUAUCACCCCUGAGUCCAACAUGAGAAUACAGGAAAUGAUAAUUAAAUGAAGAACCUCUUGAUUGUUAAUCAAAUUCUCCUUGCCAGCACAUUAGAGAAUGUAUAAAGAACAGUAUGGAGAAUAUGCAUACUGAUAUUAGGGUGUAGAGGAUUAACAAACAAUUAUUAUUAAUUUGACAGGACUAUUGGUAUCAUACCACCAGUCUAUUCAGCAAGCUCUGUUACCACAAUUAACAAGUGCCAGGCUUGCUGUCAGAAAGAGAACCAUCAUUGCACUGGGUAAUAAAAUAACCUUCCUGAGUACUUUGAAUUCGCAUGAAUGAACAUAUUAUACUAGAAUUAUGCUCCAGAAACCAUAAGUCUCUGUCCCUGUCACGAAAGGUACAUGUAUUAUUUAGAAGGUUAAUUUAUAUAGUAUACACUAUUUUUAGGUUUCACAGAGUAACCAGACUGCUGUACAAUAAUUGUCUUUAAAAAAUUCUGAACGUGCUGGUUGCCAUUUUGAAAAUAGUAUACAUUUUAGUACUUUGCAUGUACAGCUGGAUUUCAUGAAAUCCAAAUUUUUUUUCUUAAAUUGCUGCUACCCUGAUUGUACGCAUAGCUGGAAAAUCAUUGUUGGGGCAGGGCUGUCAAAAUAAACUGGCAGAAUGACAUUGUGCUACCUUCUUUAUAACACAAACUGGUUUUCAAAAUCUUUUUGUCAACCCUCUCAGAUUGAAGAGCACCUUUGAUGGUACAUGUAGCUCUUUGGUAAACCUCUCAGGAAAUUAAUUGUACAUGUUUGACAUGAUUGUGUUCAAUGCAGGUCAUCUUGUGUUAAGUGCAAACAGCAGUUUGUUUGUUGAACUAAUGGAUCAUUUGCUUGCUGAACUGAAGCAAAAUGCCUCACAUUCUACAACUAGAACUUUUAUCCAGUGCAUAGGAGCAAUAUGGUAAGUCACAUUCUUUUGUAUGGAAACUCCACACAAUGAAUUGUUUUAUCACGAAUCCCUCUUUUUAUUUGGUUUUCAUUUGUUGAAGUGAAACAACUGCAGAGAAAGAAGCCAAAAAAAAAAAAGAAAAAAAUAAAGGAAAGAAAAAUUAGGCUUUGGUGGAUUUUGAACCCCUCUUCCCAGAUAUGAGUUGAUUGAAACUCUCAGCUUUCUCUACAAUUUUCCAAUUGAUGUGCAUUGGUGGGGAUCAGUUUGUCAUUUGACUGUUACAUUUGAUUGUACCUUAGUCGCCAAGCUGGUCACAGAGUUGGAGAACAUCUAGAGAGAAUCAUACCCAUGAUAGUACAAUAUUCUAGAGUUGAAAAUGAUGAUGAGCUGAGAGAAUACUGUAUUCAGGUUAGCCUUGACUCCUUCUUUGAACUACCAGCAUGCAGAACAGUUUCCUUUACAUGUGCUGUUAUGUUCUAUUCCAAGAGCACUAUAUGUAUUUCUGAGCUUUUGGUCCAACUCCAUGUGCUUCAGAAAUGUAACUCUUAGUUUGCUUAGUCUGUAAUAUUCCCUUGAAACUUUUUACAAAACUUUAUUCAUUUUUUGUGAACUCUUUGCAAUUAUGAGAUGAGCAUUCAAGCUCAUAUUAGGAACUUAGGCAAGUCUGUGUGCACAAAGCUGGCCCCAGUUGAUAUCUUCCCUUUAUACAACUGGAGCCUGGAGUAAAAAAAUAUGCAAGGCUUUCACAACAUUUCAAAAGUUUCUCUGUUUUUCCCCCACCCCACUCAAUAUCCUUGCAAUGUGAAAGAGUAUUAAUAACAGAAAGUGUUUGGUGCUGCAACAAACUUACUUUCCCCACAGUGUUAAUAUUGUGCUAUGAAAGGAGACAAUAUGUAUCUCAGCACAUAAAAAAAGAAUAUCAAACUGGCACUAAUAACAUUUCAAGUGGUUUGUGUGGUGCACAUGUGUUGUGCUACAUUAUAUGAUGCUUGAAAAGGGUUUGUUUGGUGCACAUACUGUUGUGCUACAUUGUAUGAUGCAUAAAGAGGUUUAUGCACUGCACAUGCAUGUGCAUAUUUUAUGAUGCCUGGGUUGUGCCGGUUGUGAAGUAUGUCUCUCUUUGUUUCUUUUGUAGGCAUUUGAAUCAUUUGUUUGCAGAUGCCCCAAAGAAGUAACCUCUUAUAUUCCAAAGGUAAUUGUAGAGAGAGGAAUAUAAGGAAAACUCAUGCUGUUGCUAAACUUCAAAAGAUUGUUAGUGCUAAUCCAGGAUUAAAAUCCAAACGUGGAUUUGAUAAACAUUUUCUUAUGGCAUAAAUACAAUGUACAAAGGCUAAACUUUUACAGGGUCUCAUCUCGGUUUAAAACAAUACUAGAGGAAACAAAACAUUACACACAUCUAUGCUAUGUUAAAUGAUCUUUUUAAUUACCUGGCCAAGCAAUGCUGCUGCAUUAUUAUUAUUUUACACAUCUCUAUUCGAAAAUUACGAGAAACACUUUGUUAAUUAAAAGUGGUACCUCUAGUGUGUACUGUUUUGCUCUCGCUUGAUUUCCUUCCAAAAAACAAGAACAACAAAAACAACAAUGAGACGACAACAGCAAAAUCAAGUUUGUGACCAAGGGCAGUCUUUACCCAACCCUCCAUAGAGAGAAGUUUAAUAUUGAGUGUCGAAAUACCAAAAGAGAGAAAUCACGACAGUCUGUUAGAAGAAAAAAUAAAGCAGAUGAUUAGCCAAAGGGAAAUCAAAGUAAAAACGGGCAGAUUGCCAAAAGCGCGGGAAAACGCGGGUGUUCAAAUCACGAUUGGUUUUAAGUUUGCGUCCAGACAAAUCUUAGAGCAAAGUAAAGCAAAACUAAAGUCCAGGAUUGCGAUUGACUGAAAUGAAAAUGACUUUCAACAAGCUGUAAAAAUUAAUGUGACAUGUAUUCGUCUGCUGUUCCUCAGAUUACAGAGCUCAGCCUUGAGUUCAUUUGUUAUGAUCCAAACUAUAACUAUGGAAGUGACGACGAAGAUGAAAGCAUGGAAACAGACUUGGAUGACGACGAGGAGGAGUAAGUAUUAACCCUUUACACCCUAACAUCAGUAUGCAUAUUCUCCAUACUGUUCUCUAUACAUGUCCUUUGGUAUUGACAAGGAGAAUUUGUUUGACAAUCAAAGCUUCUUGGGUAGGCGAUCAUUUCCUUUAUUCUCAUGAUCUUAGUGAAUGAUUCAGCAGUAUAACUGUAAGAAGAAAUUACAUGCUGGUCACUCUAAGGGGUCAAAAAUUUUAAACAACAAAUUACAGUCUAUAGCUGAUAUUUAGAAUCCUGGCCGACUCAAACCAAAAUUUAUUUCUUCCUAGAUUUUCGUUACUUGUAACUCCCCUCUGCUCACUCUGUAUGCAAUUGUACACUUGAUAAACAGUAUCCUGUAUGUAUCUUUUUAGACGUUUUGAUAUGUAGUAUCGCUGAGCAUCUUUACGAGUUAUGCCGUACUUUGACAACGAGUAAAAAUACUCAGCGAUACAACACACCAAAACGUCUAAUAAGUUAUUUUAUUCCCAACUGCUUUAAUUUUUUUUUUCUGCCAAAAAUGUCAGCUAACUUCUCACAAGGAAGGGAAAAGCAAAGCGGAGAGAGAAGCGUAGCGCGCGCAGCCGACCGGUUAAACAGGGUUUUUUUUUUACAGUACAAAAUAACCAACUGUAUAAUAUCGCAGAUGAUGUAAGGAGAAAUUAGAUGACAGUCACCCUUUACACCCUAACAUCAGUAAAGCUAUUCUCCUUACUGUUCCCCAUAUAUUCCUUAAGGUGCUGACAAGGAGAAUUUGUUGAACAAUCAACAACUUCUUUAGUUGCUGAUAAUUUUGUUUAUUCUCGUGACCUUACUGCAUGAUUCUGGGGUGAUUUUGUAAGGAGAAAUUAGGUGCUAGUCACUCUGAGGGGUUAAAGGGUUAAAGGGUGUACAGUAGCUUAGCUGCGUCAAGACUUCUGUGGGUCCUGAGGAGGUUUGAACAAGACAAAGACAAAGGAAUUUUAACUGAAUACAAUGAUAUACAAUGUUCUUCAACUUGUGGGUUGUUACCACUCUUUAUAGGGACGAAGAUGACGACUAUAGCGAUGAUGAUGACAUGAGUUGGAAGGUAAAUGUAAUAUGGCCACAUGAGCGUGUACUUUGUAUUCGAUAUUAGUGGAGACUGUGGCAGAGCUUGGUAACUCUGAUACUUGAGAUAUUGUAGCUGUGAAUGACCAAUGAAUGACUGGUAUGUACUUCACACCAUGCUAUUGACAACAUGUGUUGGAAAAAUUUUCAAUAGGCCAUUUUACAGUUGUGUACUUAGUUGCCAAGCAUUUGAUUUGUAGUAAGGCUGAAGGCGACCUUGUUAUGAUAGAAAUCAGUAUCUUGUUAGCAUGAUAACAAAGUAAUUUACAUUUGAAAAGUAACAAGGUUUGUAUCAUAACAAGGUCAACCUUAGCCUCACUCCUGUUAAAAGCCUUGGCAACCAAGCACGUAACCGUAAAAUGGACUAUUGAGUGUCGAAUCCAGGAUUCCUUUGGUUGUGCUUUUCUUCGCUCUGUGAUUGGUCCAGAAAACUCUUGCAACUCUCAACCAAUCAAUGCAAAUCUAAAACCAAUCACGACUUGGUCGCCCGCGUUUUCCCGCGCUUUAGGUAGUUUGUUUGUCUUUACUUUGAGUUCUCAUUGGCUCUUAGAGUUAUCUUCAUUUCUUCUGAUUGGUCGUUGUGAUUACUUUCGUUUUGAUUUUACAACACUCGAUCCAAGCCCUCUAAUAUAGUCAUACAUUUUUUUAAAAAUUUUAAUAUAUAUAUAAUUACUGAUGUGCCUGGUAUAUAACCCUUCUUACUGUAUAGAGAGCAAUUGAUAUCAGCGAAAUCAUGGAUUGAUUUUUAAUCUCAACUGCAGGUUCGAAGAUCUGCAGCCAAGUGUUUGUCAGCAGUGUUAGGAUCAAGACCAGAACUGUUGUCUGAGUUCUACAAAUCAGUUUCACCAGCGCUUAUAGCCAGAUUCAAAGGUACAGCAGAUCAAUGAAGUAUUAGAAAAAAUAUUAAGAUUGGUCUCUUAAUCAAACAGUGUGGAUUUUUAUCUUGUAGAACGGGAAGAGAAUGUUAAAGCUGACAUAUUUGCAGCAUACAUCACUCUUCUGAGACAGACCAGGCCUGUGGCUAGUCAGACGCUGGAUGCUGAAGCUAUGGAAGACGAUUCAGGGUGAGAGGAAACUACAAACAAACAAACAACAGCAAACAACAUGUGACGUCUAUUACCGAGUCUCAUUACAUUAUUAGGAAAAAUAUAAUUGGUAGUAAUAAUCUGAAUUGAUUUUGUUUGUUUGUUUGUUUGUUUGUUUGUUUUUUUUAUUGUAGAAAGACGUUCGACAUUUGUUAUUAUUCCGCAUGACACUUUUUGACGUUGUUGAUCCUAACAGCGAAGAAACGCUCUUCCUAAAGCACUUAAGUUAAGGGCCUGGUCGCAGGCUAGUGACCGUCGUGGUCUGGUGUUAAUCAAAAUGACAUGUAAAACAAUCAUUGAUACUACACUGUAGCUGUCAGUCAUCGCUAUUAUCACUUAUCUUGAGUUCUUCCACAAAAUAUAGAAAAUACACUACAUGUACAGUGCACUUAACCCUUUAACUCCCACGAUCUCAUUAGUAAUUCUCCUAACUGUGUUCUUGUAAUGCUACUUUGGAGAAUUUGGUAUUGGAUCAACUUAUAAUCCCCUAACAUAUACUUUUCUUUUCUUAUCACUUGUCUGCUGGAUAUUGUAUUGAUAUUGUAAGGAGAAAUUCUGUUUUAGUCACUCAUGGGAGUUAAGGGUUAACAGCACAUUACCGUAUGUUUAUUUUUUUGCUCUUUGUAGCCCUGUGAAUCUCCUGACCACUCAGAUACCAUCCAUUGUCAGAGCUUUGCACAAACAGCUGAAGGAAAAGAGUGUGAAAACCAGACAGGUACACAUUUUCACGGUGUAGUUGGCUCCAUGACUCUUAAGCAUCGAGGAAAAAAACUGACAUGUUGCUUCUUUGAUUCAGAGAAGCGAAUUUUCCACGGAAAGUUUUCUCAAAUAUGUGAAUUUUCAUGAACAAUUUGAGAUAAACCAUAUGAAGUAUUUCCGCUCAAACGAGAGCAUUGUGCCCGCCAUGCUUCAUGCUUUCAGCUGUUCAUAUCCACUUGAGUAGGUUAGAGAGCACUCAAGAAGCGAGGGUUGUUCUUGGUUACGCCUCGAGAAAUUCCUACACCUCGCUCUUGCUCUGCAAACUUCACCUAGUUAUACUCACAGCUAAAAGCGUGGAUCAAUUUUUGAUUGAAGAUGUACUUUCACUGGACUUAUUUAACUUUCUUCCAUUUCAGGGAUGCUUCCAUUUGUUGUUGGAACUUGUUGCUGUUUUGCCUGGGGCUCUGUCUGAUCACAUCAGUGCCAUUGUUCCUGGAAUACAGUUUUCACUUGGGUAAGGCGUUGUUUGCUUACACAAGAGGGUUUUGUGUACAGCAUUUCCGACAAGGGUGUGAAGCAGAGAUGUAGAAUUGUACGUGAAAAUGCUCAAAGGCUAUCUGAGUAGUGCUUGUUUUCUGAUGUUUGAAUAAAAUGCAGGUUAUUUUGUAUUUUAUUUGGAAAAAAAAAAGUGUCGUUGUCUCGUAUCGCGGAAAAUAAUGAUUGCCCUGUCCGGGCAUGCUUUUGAAGGAAUAUCUUUCACCGAGCAGCUUUGUAUAACGUUUGUUGACCGUGUACAGUGACACAAAAACGAAUGGUUUAUACCGAUACUUCGUCGUGGAAAUUUUGAGUUCUUGAGUACCUGAUUACUAAAAAUAUAACAAGCACUUCUUUCUUGAGGCCACGAAGGCAAUUAAAGCAGGAUGUGUUUGUUGAAUGGGCUAUUCUCGCUAAUUAAUUGCCUUACUUUACCAGUGAGAGUUCAAAGUUGUAAAUGGUUGCUUCUUAGACGAUGAUGUUUUUUUAAUUCAUAAAUAAUCGCCUUUUUUCUUACAUUCUUCCUGUUCUUUUCAGAGAUAAGAGCUCAACAUCAAAUAUGAAAAUCGACACCCUCGCCUUCCUUGGCUGCAUUCUAGCCCAACAUCCACCCAAAGUUUUCCAUCCACAUAUUCAAGUACUAGUUCCGGUAAGUAGUCAUUAUGUUUUAUUUUUGUUUUUGUGUUGUUGUUGUUGUUGUUGUUGUUGUUUACUACAAUUUGAAAUAUUGGGUGAGCAAGGCAGGGGUUUUGUUGAUGGCCGGUUAUCAGCAGUCUUCCGCCACCUGUAAGACCCCUUUCUGUCAUUUGUUCAGCCUCUCGGCACAUGCUUCCUAUUACACCAUCGACAGCCGCUUAUAAAAAGAAAAAAAACCUUAUUAAAACCCUAAUAAGGUGGUUGUGUUGUCUUCAAUUCCUUCAUUAUAGAAUGCAAGGGAACAUGAUUCGCAUAAUUAUGUAAAAGUGAACUUUCACUCGCAAAACGACAGAGUUGCACUCAAAAUUAGUUUUGCAUCUGAUUACUUAAGAAGGUGGCGUUAGAUUUGAAGAACCAACUCAGAAGUUGAGUCAGGCAAAAGCAGGAAAACCAUGAAUUACUUUCGACGGUCCUUUGGAACUUGCUCUUUUAUUUUACAACUUGAAGCAAUUAGAUCAGGUAGUCGACCUUAAUAUCUCUUGUUGAAACUUUUUUGUGUGUGUGUGUAUGCUCAUAGCCUGUUGUGACAGCAGUUGGCGAUCCAUUCUACAAGAUCACUUCCGAAGCUUUGAUGGUCACUCAACAGCUGGUCAAGGUCAUCAGACCUCACGGUAUGUCACAGAUGUCACAGUAUUUUGAGUCAUUCUUUGUGCUACAUGUAUGUGAGAUAUACGUUGACCUAACUUGACCUUAAAGUUAGCGCGUUGGACUCUGGGCUGAGAAGUCCGAGCUCAAGACUUGCCAAGACACUUUGCUCUUACGGCCCCCUCUUCCAUCCAGGAGAAUAAAUGGGUACCAGUGAAUUGUCAGGAAAGCCUGAUGAAAUGCUAGGAGGUAAUCUGCGCAAUGAAGUAGCAUCCCAUCCAGGGAGAUCAGUAAUACUAUAAAAACCGGGAUAAGCUCCUGCUUGAUGUGUCUCUCGGCUUUAGUACCGUUACCUUUACUUUAUAAAGACAUACACUCUAUUUAAAAUCUCCAUCAAGCUAGCGCUUCCGGCGUUUUUUGUUUUGUUUUGUUUUGUUAUUUGCGUGCCUAAAAGACGCGAGAUGGGACGAUGAGGGAAGGGUCAAAAUAAUUUAUUGGAGUUAAGGUACUGUAGUCCGAGAGGAAAGUGUCAUUAACUUGAGAUCUUAGAAGAGAAAAUACCCAUCGACCUCCUGCACACAGUUUCUCGAAUCGAAGCUCUGGUGCUCCACAUUGCUGUCUUUAUUUUCGUUAACCUUUUCCACCUUAACAUCAGUAUGCAUAUUCCACAUAGUGUUCCGUAUAUAUUUCCUAUGGUGUUGAAAAGGACAAUUUGUUUCACGAUUAGGAGUUUCUUUAGGUGGUGAUCAUUUCUUGUAAUUUUGUGACCUUCACGUGUGAUUCAGGGGUGAUACUGUAGAGUAGAAGUUAGACGCCAGUCAGCCUGAGGGAUCAAAGGUUUAAAGGUGCAGAAAAGUCAGCUGCGCAGAAUAAUUCCCAAUCAGCUGGCGUGACAGGAAUCACCAUACCGUUUUUUAACAUGUAACAAUGUCCUCGGACACAACAUUAAUUGCUGUUUCUCGUCAAAUCGAACAGGAGUGCCAGCAAGUGAAUUUGAAUUUAGGCCGUAUGUGAAGGAUAUUUACCAAUGUACUCUUGUCAGACUCAAAGCUGCUGAUAUUGACCAGGAGGUCAAAGAAAGAGCCAUAUCAUGCAUGUAAGUUAUGAUUAAGGUGUGUUCAUUUCUGUGGAAAGGUGCUCUGUGCAACAUUGAUGUUGAAUGGUUUUUCAAAAGCCCUACUCCCGAUAAUCGCUUGUCUUUGAACCAGGCAAAGAAACAUCGGUGAAAAAGAAAAAAAGCAGUUGAUUGGUUUGAAUUUGACUCAAUAAUUUUCGCUAUUUCAUCGCGGGCUUCAUCAGUGUUUUAAUUGGCACUCAAGCGUCUCAAGAGCCUUCUUGCCUGCUGUGGAUCGCCCACUUUGAUCUCGCAGACAAAGAAAGUUACUGGAAGCUGGUUUGCUUCCAGUAACUCUCUUUGUCUACAAAAAUACGGACAGAAACAAUCCGCGCCGUCUUUGAUUUCUUUUCCGUUUUUUAGACAUUAUUUUUUCAGCGACGAACUUCGAAGCUUUCGGUCAUCAAGAAUACUUGUAGAAAUGGUUUCUUUGUGUCGUUUUCUCCGAUCACACACGCCUUGUGCGAUUAUUACGAUGCUCAGAUAAGACUGUAUGACGAUUAGUUUCGAAAAGAAUAGGGCGUCGAAAGAUUAGAAAGUGAAGUAACAGUGGAAUAAUAAAUCCCCUAUUCGAUUGUUUAACAUAUAGUGCGAGGGGACAUUUUGCUCAUUGUUCGUAUGCUUCAUCGCCCAUAAGGGGCUCAGAGAAAUACUACGCAACUCGCAAAAUAUCCGCGCGUAUGGCAUGUUAAACCGUCGAACAAAGUAUGGUCUCACAAGAAAUCUCUUCUUUUGGCCACAGUUUUUUUUCAACCUCAAUAUUAGCCCGGCUUAACAGGUUAAAAGCUCGUGUUUAGCAUCAGUUCUCGGUGCACAAAAAAACAAAUCAAACAUGGGUGCAUUAUCUCUUCCAGUUGGCUUUAAAUGUUCCAAUGAUAAAGAUGUUUGUGUUUUUCAGGGGUCAGAUUCUGUGCAGCCUCGGCGAUGAACUUAGUCAGCAACUUCCACAGUGUCUCCCAAUAUUCCUUGAUAGACUGAGAAAUGAAAUCACAAGGCUUACUACUGUCAAAGCUUAUUCACUGAUUGCAGGGUAUGUCGACCAACUCCUUUACUCGCCAUUUGCAAUCAGCUGCGAUGAAAACACGUGGGACGCUCAAUCAAAUAGAGUUGUAUUGUAAAAUCAAUUUAGCUCACAGAUCAUUUUAGUUUCUAAGUUUCAAUAUGACGUGGGUUGGGACUGUACCUCCAUUUUGUAAAGUACCAUUUCAAUCUCUGCAUUAAUCUCCUCUUCAUAAGCUUUCCGAAGCCAAUGAAUUUCCGGACCCCAAGCUUAGACCUCUUUAUUUGUCUUUCAGAUCACCACUUAGAAUUGACCUCUAUACAAUACUGGUAGGUAUAAAAGGGAAUGAAAUCCUCAGGGUCUUGUGUAGCUCCAAUAAGCCGAAUAUUUCAUUCACUGAUCAUCUUUUUUUUGUUGUUUUUUUUUUUAAUCAUUGUGUUAGGGUGAUUCUAUGCCAAUUCUUGCCUCCUUCUUGCGCAAGAACCAAAGAGCACUUAAGCUAUCGACCUUGACAACCCUCAAUGUUUUGGUUACUAAUUAUGGUAAGACUUUUUUUUCUUUUGUUUAUAAUGUCAUCAUGAUCCCUUUUAACGAGGAGCGUACUAUAGUUUGCUAACGGCAUCCUUGGAACAGGCUCUGUGAUUGUUCUAACGGUCUAACUCCUAAGAGUACGAAGCAUCUAAUUUCUCCCAAAAAUAUCACCUCCCUGAAUCAAACAUUACCCUUUCACUCCCAUGAUCUCUUCAGCAAUUCUCCUUACUCUCUGCCAUACAUUGCUUAUAAUUUUAGUUUGGAGAAUUUGGUAUUUAAUCAAAUGAAAAAUCCACCAAUUGAUAUUUUUCUUUAUUCUCAUCACUUGUCUACUUGAGAUUGUAUUUAUAUUGUAAGGAGAAAUUCUGUCUUGGUCACUGUUGGGAGUGAAAGGGUGAAGGUCAUGAGAGAAGAGGAAAUGAUUGUACACUCGAAGAGCUCUUUCAUCGUGAGAAACAUUCCCCUUGCAAGGCGUGAAAUUGCGCCCAAUACAGGCGCCAAUGCGACUAAAUUUUUCACCUUGGCGACCAAAUCCUGAAAAUUAGUCGCCAAAUUGGCGACUAGAAUGUUUCAUCAUAACCUUAAUAAGAGAUCUAGUGAAUUAAAAAGAUUUGCAAAGACAAAUCCGCGGCAAACUUCCUCGUUAAGUUUGUUUCCAAAAUGCAGCACAUGCAUCUCGAUCGAUAACUAGACGCCAUCUUUGAUUUAGGUGAGCUUAAACGUUGCAUAUCAUCCAUCCUAGCGUCCAUUUUGUAGCACGUUAAAGAUCUUUUCCCCAACUUAAUUUCUAGAACGAUGACAGCGUAAAAAAGAGGUUUUGUUUGUCUUUGAAAAUGGCGACCAACUUUUCUUGAAUUGGCUACCACUUUGAAGAAUUUAGGAGCCAAGUGGCUGUCAGAAAAAAAAAUUAAUUUCACGCCCUGCCUUGUAAGUACCAUAGGAAAUGUGUAGAGAAUAUUAUGGAGAUUUUGUAUACUGAUGUUAGGGAAUAAAGCGUUAACCAAUGUGCUUCCGUGUUGUGUUUAGGUCAUUUAUUGUCUCAAGAGAACAUAUCAGGAGUAUUGACAGAGGUUCCGCCCUUAAUCAGCGAAAGCGAUCUUCAUAUCUCACAGGUAUGGGUUUCUGGCGCAUUUAACGCGUCGCGUUUCGAGGGCUGUGCUGUAAGGUUAAUGUGAGGGAAACAGAUGAAAACGACCGAUAACUUGAACUGCGGUUCAAGUUAUUGUACCCCUGCUUCCUCUACACCAGUUAAGCGCACUACUAACAACUGAGUUACAAAAGCUUACUGUUGAGAACGAGGCAAUCGUCAUCAACAGUGUUUUGUACUUUAUUUUUCACUCCAGUAUUUUAAUAUAUGUAAAGUCACUAUUGAACUCAAUAGAAGUUUGAUUAAGUUGUAGCUUUGUCAUCAACAGUGAAACUAUGUAGCUAUACAAAAAGGGGCUAUGUAGCUUUACAAAAGUUUCAUUAAUCCUGGGCUAGCAUAAGCGUGUUUUGAACAGUCUGGCACCACCACGCCUUUCUUUUUCCUAUACUUCUUUUAUUCCAAAUGCACUUUAUAACUUUGUGUGGUUUAUAUAAUUGAUUAAUUGAUUGAUUGAUUGAUUGAUUGAUUGAUCGAUCGAUCGGUUGAUUGAUUGAUUGAUUGAUUGAUUGAUUGAAUGAUUGAUAUUAUUUUCAGCUCUCACUUACAUUGUUAACUUCUGUUGCCAAGAUCCACAAGGACAGCAUGGCGCAGGUAAAGCCCCGUGAUUGCUACACGAACGAGCGUUUAUUCUUUUUUGCUAGGCUUCCAAUCCUUCACACCUUUCGGAGGGAGACAAAUGGCCAGCGUGUUCCAUGGUCUCUCUCCCUAUGUUCCUCUUGCUCCAGGAGGGGUGGGAAGAAGAAAAAUUUGGAGAACGACUUUGACAACUGUAGUUCCCAUUAGUGCUUAACCCUGACCCCUAAGGUUCUUUAUUUUACACCUAUUACUAGGCCACAGUCAGCAACAAAAUCAGUGGAAACACCAGUAGCAAUAAUUCUAGGCACUUCAUGCCACUUAACUCCGAGAAUCAAGGACUAGAUGAUGCUCGUGAUUAUUUUACUUCAAUCCAUAGUCCAUUCCUUUUCCCUGAUACUCUAACAAUGAACUAUCACGCGUUUCACAGGCCUGCACUUCCACUCUGCCAGCCAUCAUGGUUUUGAUAAGGUCGCCACUUCUUCAAGGUUAGAGAGGUGUUACCAAGCUAUCUCAUUUACAAUUCAUAAGAUGUUACGUAGUCUCCUAAAAUUUUAUUGCUCUGCCUACUAACCCCUGGGUAUCGGGGCAGGGUGAUUUGCCUCGCAUUCAGCCCUAAAGAGAAUAUAUUUUUUCGUCAUUUAGAGUAACGCACCUGGUUAGGAGUGUUUCCGUUUGUUUUUCCGACGAAUUAAAUCCAGGAUUUCCUGUUUUUUUCUCAACAUCGCUCUGUGAUUGGUUAAGGUCUUAUGCAUCAUCCUCUUAUCCAAUCAGAUGCAAAACCAACACCAAUAGCAACUUGGUUACAACCCAGCGGUCUAACGUCUACGAAUGUGCCAACGUUAUAGAAGCUAGGUUCCAGGCUCCUAGGGCUGUCGACAUAAAAUUGUCUUGCACGAGUUAUAAACAAUUACACAUAUUACAGGGUAGUUUCUUAUGUUUCCUUUCGAACCGCGGCUGGCCAAAGUUGGUCUCUUUGUGCAUGCUUUACCUUAGACCACUGGUUAUUGAUAUUUCCUCAUGUUUGAUUCCACCUACGUGUAAUUCUUUGCGUUCUUACUUGCCUCUUGUGAUAGUUUGCAUUUUUCUGGUCAGCGGUUGUGCUUUUUUAAGUUGGUUUCAGUUUUAGACACUCAAACGUAUAGAGCUCUUCGGAAGUUAACUAUUUUUAAAAAAGAUUUUAUCAUUGGGUAAUAAUUAUCAUUUCUUAAUCGCUCAGGUGGAGCACUGAAUGCUACUCUCACUCUUCUUACUGAACUGGUUACUUCUGGAAUAAAAGGAAUGGGAUUUAAAGAUCUCUUCCAGGUAUGACUGACCGGCAUUUAAUUUCUCCUUACCAUAUCACCCUUAAAUCAAACAGUAAGGUCAUGAGAAUAAAGGAGCUGAUCACCUACUAAAGAAGCUAUUGAUUGUUAGACAAAUUCUCCAUGUCGACAUCUUAGGAAUUCUUUUGAGAACAGUAUGGAGAAUAUGCAUAUUGAUGUUAGGGUGUAAAGGGUUAACUUAGGGCUAAAUGAGAGGCCACUUUCAUUUAGGAAACCAUAAGGUGACUGGGGCGAACGGUACUGAUACUGAGUGUCAACAUCGCACUGCAUGAAUAUCACGUAACCCUGCACACCCUAACAUUGGUAUUAAUGUUCUCUAUACAAGAAAAAUUUUUGAUAAUUGGGAGCUUCCUAAAUUUGUGAUUAUUUUCUUUAUUCUCCAGACCUUAAUAAGCGACUCGGGGGGGGGGGGUGGUAUUGUAAGGCGAAACGAGUCUCUCUGAGGGGUUAAACUUGUACAAGUAGGCCUUAGGCACUAGAGUCGAUGAGAAACAUAUAAUUUGGCUUCCCUUGACGUUCAAUAUUCGGAAGAAUAGGAGAAGAGAAGGAACAAUACAGAGUAAGUGUGAAUGAAACAGCGUAUUUCUUGUCUCUCCCAGAACCUACUUGUGCAUUUGUGAGUAAUAUUUGAAAAUAAGGCAAGCUACGUCAUAACACUUUUGAUUCUUUCAUUCUUAGAUGUUAGUAUCUCCUAUUUACUCCUCAAGCCAAGGAAGUCAACAAACAAUCAUCCACAAACAGGUAUGGUUAUCCAGACUUUGUAAGAAAGCCUCUAGGAACAACGUGGUGCGAAAACCUUUCCUGAAAGAGCGCAAGACCAUAAUAACGGAAGGCUAUAAAAUUGCUGACCUAAAUCAGUUGAAUUUUGUUUUAUUAGGUUUAUUUUCAUUACUUCCCAGCUCCCUCUCUCAGCGACUUUCCCCCACCCUUCCCCCUCUAAAAGGAUUUUCUUCUCACAGUCUGAGUCUCUUCGACGCUCUGGAUACCAUGGCAACAAGGAAAAAUAGAAAUUGUUUUAACUAUUAUGACUGAGAAUGUGGCUGGGUUAACAAGUUGUUUCUCUCAAAACUGAAAAAAAAAAUUGAACAAGGACCAUGAUUGAGACCUGAUUAGCCAAUUAAAUUUGGUUUAUAAUUAACGAUCCAUGGAAAACCAUUUUCAGUGUAGAAAGUGCCACUUUUUUGUUCUGUCUUGUUUUACAAUUCCCUUAAACAUGCCGAAUUUUAUUUUGUUUUAAUUUUUAAUUUUAAAUUUUCCCCCCUUUUUCCAUUUUUCUUCUUUUCCCGCAGGCUUUCCACUCCAUUGCUAAGUGUGUUGCUGCACUGGCCAUGUCGUGUCUAUCCGAGGGAGAAUCUGUUGUAAAUCAGUUUGUCAGAGAUAUUCAGGUAAAAAUGAGUUUUAAUGUAAAGUGUUAAAUUUAUGUUUUUGUCAUAAUUCUACCUUUGAUCAAUAAAUAUUAUUAUGUGCUUAUUUUCUUUUUAUCCACAGAGUGAAAAGGUCGCUGAUCCGUUACGUUUGUUUUCUCUGCUGUCAUUGGGUGAAAUAGGAAGACACAUGUACGUUGGUAGAAAAUUCUUCUUUGUGUAGCCUGCAUUACAAGCGUUUUUGGGCCUCCUCAAAGGCCCUUGUGCUUGAAUUUCCCCUUACGGCCCCUCUCCCGGCACAGCCUCCUAUUACAUCAUCGGUGACCACUUGCGAAAAAGGGGAAAGUUACAGAAACCCCUGGAGUGUUGAAAAUUCCAUCGAGUGUUUGAAGCACUUACUCGAAAGCAGAGGGCGCUCAGAUUACCUGGGAGAAAAACUCAGUGGUGGGGGCUGGGGAAAUGUCAUUAAAGGCUGUCGCCAAGAGCGUAUCUAGGGGGGGGGGGUGUCAUGGGACCUCCCCCCUCCCCCUCUUCCUCUCUACCACUUUGUAUAGCCUUAGAAAAAUUUAUCGGAGCAAAUUUAGGACUAUCAUUUUUGUCCUUUCAGUGACUUAAGCGGUCAUCAAGAACUAGCUGUGGCCAUCUUAGAUUGCUUCUCGUCACCAUCAGAGGAAGUAAAGUCAGCGGCUUCUUUCGCAUUAGGUUUGAUCUACUGCGUGUAUGUUAACUUCAUUUAGAUCUAAGACGAAUAUCAAAGUCUUUCAUGAAUGAGCUAAUUAAAUGAAUGUGGCUGUCGAUGGUGGACAAAUUUUCAACAUAGCGUAGAGAGUAAACGUGUGUUGCUUUGGUUUUGGGCUACUUGCUCAGUAUUUGGUCCAGAAAACCCACGCCACUCUCUUGGCCAAUUGGAUGUAACACUUGUUACAAUCUCUCAGUUAGCGCCGCUAUCGCUAUAUUUCAUUGAUCUGGUGGGCUGUUUUUCACAGUGCGGCUUGCAAAAUUCAAAAGUUUGUUUGAAUUAAAAUCUCCCCCUUCUAUUUGAACCAAGAAAUAUAAUGAAUAUCUUAUUAACCUCGUUUUUCUUGGUCCGUAUUGGAAGUUACAGAACCUCGUUUUUAUUUUUCGCUCGAAUUUAUAGCCUGCGCUUCGCGUUUGGGGCUAAAUCCGAGCGAAAAAAGCUCGGUCCAUAACGUACAGUACGGAACUCAAACUCGGUUGGUAAGAGAUAUUUUUACAUAAGGAUUUACGCUACGUUAUUUUGUGGCCCUUAGAUAUGUACAAAGCCCCAUUUUGUGUCUUUGUGCCCUUUCAUCGUUAACCCUGUAACUCCUAUGAGUGACCAAGACAGAAUUUCUCCUCACAAUAUCAAUCAAAUAUCAACCAGAUAAGUGAUGAGAAUAAAGAAAAAUAUCAAUUUGGGGAUAAUUAGUUGAUUCAAUACUAAAUUCUCUGAACUAACAUCAUGAAAAUUGUAUGGUUGACAGUAAGAAGAAUUACAAAUUUGAUCUGGGAAUUAAAGGGUUAAAACUAUCGUGGCCCGUCACCUUUCUUUUUAACUUUUCUGUUGUUGUGUCUCUUCUGUGUAGGUAAAAUUGCUGCGGGAAAUUUGAACUUGUAUUUACCAUUCCUGCUCAAGGAGAUUCAAGCAAAUCCCAAGAGGCAGUAUCUAUUGCUUCAUUCUCUUAAAGAGGUGCGAAAAUUUACCAAAAAAAGUAUGUACUAGAAUUUACACGUGAAGAAGGCUCUUUCUUGCCAGAAGGCAGCUGACACGGGACAAAGGUGCAAGAAAAAUAAAGGAAGAUAAAAACAAAGACGAGAGAAAACGCGGUGGGCUAGGUACUAAUGUAGUGUGACACCUCAGCCCUUACUCUCACAGUGCACAUCUGAGUCUGCUGAGUAGUAUAGAUGGGUACCGGCAUAAUGUUAGAGAAACUCUAUUAGAUGCUUGGGAGUAACGCUGCCAUGAACUGGCUUCCCAUCCAGAGGAUAGAUGCAAUGCUCCUAGUCGCUUCAUGCGACGAAAACCGUAAAAGCUCUUGCAUGAUUUGCCUGCGGGCUCGUUAGCUGACUUUUCCGGCUCUUGUAAACUUCGCUAUUCCUUUACAUGUCCAAUACUUGUUUUUGAUGGUGAUUUUCCACUAGGUGAUCUCAUGUGAAGCAGGAAGUCCAACAGGAGUUGAAGCUUUAAGACCAUUUAUUAGCUCAAUAUGGUAAGAAUGGUGAUCAAAUGGGAUAUAUGUAUAAACAUGUCCUUGUUCAACUUCUCUGUAAGCGUUUUAUACCUCUUUUGCUGCAAAUUUUGCAAAUAAGUUUAUUGUCAUGAAGGUGUGCCUCCCGUGCUGUAGAAGUCUCUUGUUCAACUUCUCAGUAAGCCUCUUGACGCUCUUUUGUGCAAAUUUUGCAUAAAGUGUGUUGUCAUGAAGGUGUGCCUUCCGUGCUGUAGAAGUCAUAGUUUCAGUAAUUAUUCAGUUGAUUUUCUUCCCGCAGGACUUUGUUAUUCAGUCAUUGUGAAAGUACGGAAGAAGGAACGAGGAACGUCGUUGCCGAGUGUUUAGGGAAACUGACUCUUGUAGAUCCAUUGCACCUUCUGCCACAACUUAAGGUAUGUGACUGUACUAAAUAUACAUCCCAAUGUAAACAAGUGCAAUUGGGUGUCUACGAAUCCAGAAUCAUCGAUGAAAGCAAACAAAUUGACUACGUUGAGUCAGAAGCCUCAAUCAAUUUCCCUCAUACAGGAUUUAUAUAAAUUGGACUCAAUACCUUUUAACGAUACUUGUCAUGGGAAGCUGAAAUUUUCACUCCCAUGAUCAAAGUGUCAACUCUCUGCACUAUCUGCCGAGCAUUUCGUUUAAUGUUAGAUCUGAGAAUUAAGUGUUAAAUCGAACAGAAUCCCGUCUUUUUUUUUCAUUCUUCUUUCUCAUUGGCGUUCUGUGCGAAAAUAUUUUGUUAAUUAUUGAAGAAAAUCAUUGUGUUCAAUCCAUAGGAAUGAAAGGAUUAAUGUAGUUUUAGCUUUAAGAAAUUAAAAAAAAUUGAAAUAAACGAAUAAACAGGCAUUUAACCAGUGUAAGGUGAUUUGUUAUUAAUUGAUCUAUUGAUUUGUUACAACUCUGGAAAAUUGGUAAAAUGUUAUAAGUAGAAUUUCUUUUGUUUCAAAGUGUUUAUUUAAUGAUCCUUGUUAACCACUGAAGUUGCCUGUAUUUUUUAACAAAGCACCUGUUGUAAGCGACUGUGCUUAUUUCUCCUUUGUCAAAAUUGUUUUCUACUUUAUAACACAGGACUACCUGAACUCAGACUCAGCCUUUGCUCGGAGCACUGUGGUGACAGCUGUAAAAUUUACCAUCUCGGACCAUGUAAGGAAAUUAUUGAUAGCGUUAUAUUAUCUCGCCUGCGUACGAAACGCGCUGAAGGCGUAACCUCUUGCUUUGUUGAAGCAGGUUGGCGUGUGAUGAAUGAGCCAGACUCUUCCCUUGUGCACCGCCAAUUUAUCCACAAAUGUCCGGGAAUAUCUUGAAAGAACAUACUCAAAAAAGAUAUCCCUUUAUAUUUGUAUGAAGGAUAACCUUGAAACAAGGUUGGUUUGGGAAAGUUCAUUUUACUUACGGUGUCCUGAAGAAAAAAAAAUGGUUUAUUUACAUGUACUGUGUAUACGAUUCAGGCACGAAAGGUCGCUCAUGGUUUCUUUCACUGUUUAUUCAGCCUCAGCCGAUCGACAGCCAGCUAAGAGGAUGCAUUGGAGAUUUUCUCAGAACAGUACAGGACCCUGAUUUGGUAUGCUCUACCUGUUCAUUUUGUUUUUCCACCGGGCCUAAACCUUUUUGUUUUACCCUGCAGUGUGGAGAAUCUUCUUUGAAUCUUCUCUGUUUUGUUUGUUUUACUCAGAAUGUCCGCCGUGUCGCUUUAGUUACAUUCAACUCAGCGGCUCACAAUAAACCGAGUCUCAUCAGAGAUUUGUUGGAACAAAUUCUUCCUCGACUGUACAACGAGACGAAAGUCAGGGUAGGCUAAACUUUGAUAUUUUGCUUUCGGUAAAGAGUAUUUCUAACUUGAGUAACAGUUUUAAACUUAAAAUAAUUUGCUGGACGUUAUUUAGCAGGGUAGAUUGCCUUUAACUUUGAAGGCUGCGAGUAGGUCCUCUUUUUUAUUUUCCCAACAAGAAGCGUGUUCCUCUACCCGCGGGAAGAUUUGAGAGGAGUUGGGGCGAGAUCUACCGGAUGUCUGGCGUACUAGACUCGUUCCAGACCUCUCACCUCAAGGUGUCAUAUUUUCCCGCGGGCACAGAAACGCUUUUGACGAAGCCUUUUCACACAUAGUAAAUGUGAUGACUGUCUUCUUCCUUUAGAAAGAACUCAUUCGCGAAGUCGAGAUGGGACCGUUUAAGCACACUGUUGAUGAUGGCUUGGACAUCAGAAAGGUACCUAAUGUUUCUUUGUUCGUGUUUAUUUGGUAAAGUAAACGGGAAGUGAUUGUUCAAUGCGCUAUAGUGCCGCAGGCAUCCAAGUGAAACACCUGUCGCUUACAGUUGCAAAGGAAUAUAGUUAAAUUUUACCAUCUAGAUAGGAUGGCAAAUAGAUAAAACCUUUUUUAUGUUUGUCCCUUCUUUGUUACUUUAUUUGUUUAUUUUCUGUGUUUGCCUUUGAAAAGUGCUUUGUUGCUGCGGGACAUAUUUUGCCUCUCAGUUAAGUUUAAUUUGAGUUUUACUUUCCUAUUCUCCAUUCACACCAAAGAUAAAACUCAUUUUAAGCUGUUUUGUCAAAUAAAUUAUUGUCUUUAUUGAAUUUACGUAAGGUGAUGUUUGUUUACUUCAAAUGAUGAAAGUAAAAGUUAGUCAUUACUUGAACCAUUUGGAAAAUUUAGUAAUUUCAUUCACUUAUCUUCCCUCUUACUUGUGCCAAUGAUGAUAUUCCGGGAAGGCGCACUUUUACACUGCAGAUGCUCUGUAUCCGCUUUGGCACUUCUCCGUAUUUUAGUUGUGGAAAAGGAAAAUAAAUAAAUGGAAAGAGUUUGUGUUCGAAUGUUGUGGCUUUUAUUUUGAUAUUCGCUUCGUUGUGAUUUUAGGCAGCGUUCGAAUGUAUGUAUACACUUCUCGACACAUGUCUCGAUCGCCUCGACAUCUUCGAGUUCUUGAGCCAUGUAGAAGACGGACUUAAAGAUCACUAUGAUAUCAAGGUUUGUACAGCGGUCACUUUUCCACUCUAAGUCGAACCCAAACGGAAUGACUUGGGUAAGCUUAGAAGGGAAUGAGGAAACCUUCGAUCACCUUUAGCCCGUGACCCUUUGACCCCUAAGAGUGAUUAUCACCUACCUAUUUCUUCCUAUAACAUCAGCCCUGAAUGAAGCCUUUAAGGUCACGAGAAUAAAGGAAAUGAUCACCAACUGAAGAAGCUAUUGAUUGUCAAAGAAAUUCUCCUUGUCAGUACUUUAGGAAAUGUAUAGAGAACGGUAUGGAGAAAAUGCGUAAUGAUUUUGGAUCGGAAAAGCUAAGUGCAACGUGGUCAGUAUAGGACAUCUUAGGAUCUUUUUUUCCUUUUGUCGUUGUUGCUAAAUUCUAUCAGGGGUGGAAUGUUAAAUUUUCUUGUUGUGGAAUUGUGGAGUAAUGUAGAGUACUUGCCACGUAGGUCAAAGGCUAAUAAUCAGUGUUAUUGAUUCAGAUGCUGACGUUCCUGAUGUUAGUGAGACUGUCUUCUUUGUGUCCUAAUGCUAUAUUACAGCGUGAGUAUUCACUAGAAAAUUACCUUACGUUUGUUUUCUCUUCUUUCUUUUCUUUAACUCUUUAAACCCUAAGAGUGAUUAGCAUCUAAUUUCUCCCUACAAUAUCAUCACUGAAUCACAAAUGAAGGUCAUGAGAAUAAAGUUAAUGGUCACUAGGGAAGGAACCUUUUGAUUAGCUAACAAAUUCUCCUUGUCAGCACCUUAGGAAAUGUAUGAAGAACGGUGUGGAGAAUAUGCAUAAUGAUGUUAGGGUGUAAAGGGUUGAUAUGAUAAACUGAAUUACGCGGGCAUUUUGACUGGUACUUAUAAUCUAUUGAAGGGCAGCUGUACUGAUGACCUCACCAUUAAGAACAUUUUCCUUUUUUUCAUGUAAGACGUCUGCGCCCCUUGUGCCACUGUUUUUUUUUUUUUUCUUACCCCAUUUUGACGUCGUCUAAGUGCACAGCAACACUAUGUUCAUUAAAUUCAUUGAUUUUUUUUUCAUAGUCCUCAAAUAUACGCGUAUUAUUGUGAUUGGGUGCGAUGUUGUCAGUUCGAGUGAAGGGGAGCGUUUCCUCGGGAUACGUUGUUAAUUUUUAUUUUCUUUGACCCUAGGUGUGGAUAUCCUCGUGGAACCGUUACGUGCGACGUUGCAAACGAAGGUGAAGGCAAAUUCCGUGAAGCAAGAAUUCGAAAAACAAGACGAGCUGAAGAGAUCGGCGCUGAGAGCUGUAGCUGCCCUUCUGUCGAUUCCAGAUAGUGGUAAGUAUUUUUGAAUACACACAACGACGUCAAUUACAGCAAAAAGAGGAAAAAAAGUGAAUUAAAGUUAAUAGCACCGAUUUCACAUUGUUUUAUGCACAUGAAGGUUUCCGAAAGUGCAAUGUAAGCAAAGCAUUCAAAGUAAUAGCAUUCGACAAAGCUGGAAGGUCUUUCAAUCAAACGCGCCCGAAGACCGAAAUGACGUUGCAAAGAGAAGCAAAACCAAUGCUAUCCCGGAUUAGUCUCGACAUUCAUUUGAAAAUUACUCUAUCUAAUCAAGGUAAAACUGGCUAGCAAAAUUUUGUGGUGGGCGGUACUUGUCAAUGCUAGAUUGUUCAUGUGGGAGGGGUGUUUGUAGAGACGUGGAUAGGAUAGGCCAUUCUUUCAUUUCCUUAGAGCUGACAUUCAUUUUUUUCUUUCUAAGCCAAGAAAUCAAUUUUAUUUUUCUUCUUCUUCUUCUUCUAGAUAAAAGUCCCUUGCUCAGCGAAUUCCUCGCGCAGAUCAAAUCAAGUCCUGAGCUGUCCGCCAUGUUUGAUUCCAUUCAGAGAGAUGCUGGUUCAGCGGAAAGCAUGGACACUAGUUAA